AUGAGAAGCGCAGGUGUCAACACCGAGUUUAAAGCACACUCAACUCGCGCAGCAUCCACGUCGACUGCCAAGAGGAUGGAUGUACCUCUUAAAGACAUACUGGCUCAAGCAGGCUGGGCAAAGGAAAAUACUUUCCAAAAGUUCUAUGACAGGCCUUUGGAGAGCAAGGGCAAGAAGAAAUCUGAGGAUUCACCAAAGAUCCAAGACCUCUCCAUCUCUUCCCACAACCUCCUCCUCCACACAGACUCCAUCAUAGCGAUGGGGGAUACCGGUACCACGACCACGCCCGCUAGCGGGGAGUACGACUUCCUCAUCAAGUUCCUAGCUCUUGGUGAUUCUGGCGUUGGAAAGAGCAGCUUCUUAUACCAGUAUACAGAUGGAACCUUCAACUCAAAAUUCAUCUCAACCGUCGGAAUUGAUUUCAGGGAAAAGAGAGUAACACACAGACCUAAAGGUGCAGAUCCCACAACGAGAGGUCAAAGAGUACAUCUACAAUUAUGGGACACAGCGGGCCAAGAAAGAUUUCGUAGUCUAACAACAGCAUUCUUCCGGGAUGCCAUGGGUUUCCUCCUCCUCUUCGAUCUCACAAAUGAGCAGUCCUUCAUCAACAUCCGCAACUGGAUGACACAGCUACAGAUGCAUGCGUACUGCGAGAACCCAGAUGUAGUGUUAUGCGGUAACAAGUCGGAUUUAGACGACCAAAGGGCGGUAUCAGACGAGAGGGCAAAAGAAAUGGCAGAGAAAUAUGGAUUACCCUACUUUGAAACAAGUGCUAAGAGUGGAAACAACAUUGCCAAGGCGAUUGAGUGCCUCCUAGACAACGUCAUGCUAAGAAUGGAGCGAAGUGUCGACAAGAGCCAGUUUCCGGGCGCGGUAAUCGCCCAUGGCAACGGGCAGGGCGCCCCCAUGGAGUUAGAUGAGGCAGGAGAGCACAGGAAUGGCUGUGCCUGCUAGUCUUAUUUUCAGAUUUAAUUUAUGAGAAAGAACUUAGGUAGUGCUUGAUAUGUUAUGGUUGGGCAUUGGAAGUAUUGGAAACAGUAGAGAGAAUUUCAUUUGCUGAAAGCCAGAAGGGCAUGUUAUAUAUUUAGCACAGAGUUAACAUCCUUCUAGCACCAAGCGGAUGAUUUCAUCUGUUUGAAGCCAGAAGGAAUAUUCAUUCUUUUAAGAUUAUAUGUCUUGACAUCUUUCUGACUCUAAAGAGAGUAUGUCAUCUGCUGAGAACCAGAAGGGCAUUCAAUUUAUGGAUGGUUACUGACCUACUGGAUCUCAACGGGUCAUAUAAGAAAAAAGUGUAGAAUACCAUGGAAUGCUAUGAGAUGAAAGGGCCAUGGUUAAUCAAAUGGUCAAACAUUGAUGCAGGUAAACAUGAUUCCGUCUGCUGAGAUUUAAAAGGUGUUAUGUCAUAUACCAUACAUAGUCUUCAUGCUCUUCUAGCUCUUAGCAAAUGAUAUGAUAAAGUGACUACGUAGACCCAAUGUGUAUGUCCAGAUGUUAGGUUUGGGCUAAACGAGUAGUUAUCGGUUGUUAACAAAUACAUCAAUCUUAGCUUUUGAAAGGUAUUUGGUGUAAGACAGACUACAAACUAGAUAUUUCUCUUUCUUAAAAAACACAAACUAUUGCCUCAGUGAUAGAUAAUAUCAUUUUUGGUUGUUGUUUUAUUUCUUUUUUACCACCUUGAAAUGAUGUAAAUUGGGUUUAUCAAGAUAAACAAUUGGAUCCACCAUUUUUCUAACCAAAAUUAAAAAUGUUAUAAAAUAAUAGUUUUCUUGAUCAAUAUUCAAUGAACAUGACUUGAUGAAAUAUAGAUGGAAGAAGCAUUCAAUAACCCAACACCACUUUUCCAGAAAAUAUAUAAUUACAAAUCAUCAAAAUUGCCUCAGUAGUCCCUUUAACAAAAAUAAGACAGAACGCCUUUCAAGGAAAUAUACAAGAAAAUGGAAUAAACUUUCUUAGAAUUUGAGAUAAUAGAUUCAUUAUGGUCAUGCAGGGUUAUAUUAGGUAGAAUAUCUUUUCCUCUGAGCAUAUAGCAUUGACUCAAAUGGAGUCUGGGCACUUGCUCAGUACAGGUUGAAUAUAGUUUGUAUUAAAAGUAGUUAGACUACUCUAGUUUUUGCUUGUAGAAGAGCUACAUCAAGGACACUAGGAGGUUUCUUUCUUAAUGAAUGUACAAUUCUGGUGUCAUUAUGAUCAUUGUUUGUUCAAAAUUAUUGUAACUAUUGCCAAAUAUCUCAAAUUGUAUAAAGUCAGUAUGAUUAAAUGAAAGGAAAAUACUAUUUUUGCAAAAUAGACGGUUUAAAGUGUGCUGGUAUUUCACCAGAGAGACAGUUCUCUCUGUAGAUAUCUGAAUUCAUGUGUUUAUGUGACUGUAUGUUAAUUGGCCAUGGAUGUAGAUAUACAUAGAAAUAAAAAAUGAAAAAGGCCAUUUAUUAAGCUGUGGGAAUAGGUAAUAUGUAAUAGAGAAUUGUAGGGGGAAGGUCACAUAAUAAUUUCUUUCACAUCUUGAUAUUUAAUGUUCAAUCUUUCAAAUUAUGGUGUUAAGUAUUGAGAGUGAGAUUUAAAAGAAGAAUUUGUUACUGGAGAAUAUUUCAGCCACACUGGCAUACUAACACCAAACUUACCCCAAAAUCAAAAUAAUCUAGGCCAUUUGAAAUAAUAUGAUCAAUUGUAAUUCUAGUGUUUGGUCUGGAGUUAGUCCAGUCGCCAGUGUGACUUGGGUAUUUUUAACUUGUUUGUACUGAUAACUGGACUUCUUUUAAAAUUAUUUGGUGAACUGUUUAUAAGACACAAUAAGACACAUUGCCAUGCUUUUAAGUUUUACAAAAAUUUACAACUCACUCAUCCUUCAUACCGGUAGAUCAAAGUUGCUUUUUUUUAUAAUUUGUGAUUUGGGUUGAUUGCGCUUUCAGUGAUUGACUUUCAAUGAAUCUGUACAACUGGGUGUCAAUAAGCUUCUGGUGUUUAUUUUUAAUCCAGGUGCUAAGUCUUUAUUUAUAAAAAAAUAAAAGAAAUUGCAUUGUAUGUCUGGAAAUAUUUGCUUUUUUGCCUUUAAAACUAAUUCUUUAACUCUUCAUUUACCACAUCCUCGUGUUAUUUCAAUAAGUCACAUUUUAUAGGCAAUGGAUCAAUGUGUAUGUUUGGAACCAGAAUGGCAUUAACUUGUGUACUUAACACAGAGCUAACACCCUUCUGACUCUAAACAUACACAAUAGAAAGGCAAGCAAGUGAAGAAAUGAGAAAUAAUGAAAAUUCAUGUGGUCAGUGAACAAUCAGAGAGGACACAUAAGUGUAUUAGAAAAGCAGUAUCCAAUCAGAGAGGACACAUAAGUGUAUUAGAAAAGCAGUAUCCAAUCAGAGAUGACACAUAAGUGUAUUAGAAAAGCAGUAUCCAAUCAGAGAGAACACAUAACGUCCUUGUUUUCACGAAGUGACGGUAGUGAGGAAAAUCGUAACGCAAAGUGAAUGCAAUUUUUUUUCACUACCGUCACUUCGUGAAAACAGCGACGAUAAGUGUAUUAGAAAAGCAGUAUCCAAUCAAAGCAAGAUGUGUAUACAUGAUUUGUAUGAGUGACUUCCAUGCGGACAAAGAUAUAUUCAGUUGGAAUUAUGUUGGAGAAAUGCCUUGAAUUGGAAAGUAUGUUGCAGUCGAUAGUAUAAUUAUAAUUAUUAUAUCUUGUACAUAACUAUAUGAUGUAAAUACAUAUCUCUCGCUAUUAAGUAAUUAUGUAAUAAGUCUUGCUCAUGUACAUGCAUUUGCUUCUGUGGUAAAUAUGCUAUUUCUAAAACCUUUGGAUGUACAUUAUUCAUGAUGAUGGCUUCUAUGUUGAGCUGGGGAAGAAAAUACUGAAGUGUUUCACUCACGUGAACUACUCGUCUUGUUUGUACUUUUGUGUGAUAAUGGAUUGUUUGUUUUGUGAUUUUUUUUCUUAAUUUCUUCAGUAUACCUCAGAUGUAAUGGCAUAUCUGUAUUGCAAAGUUGCAGAUGUUGAUUUUCGAUCAUUCCAUACUCUUAGUUCCUGUUGAAUUAUCCUGUUGAAAAUCAUAUGCAUCAAUUACUGCCAUUAAAAAUAAGUUUUAUGUGAAGUAGAUAUGUGAAAUUGAUGAUGUCACAGAAAAGCAAAUCUUUGUCCCAUCUAUCUCAUCAGAUUAUGCACCAUAUCAAUCAUAUCGUAGUAGCGUGGAAUAACAUUAUUGGAGCCAUGAGGUUAAAGCUUAAAGGUCAAUUUUCUUUGUCAAGUACAAAGUGGUUGUAUACCGUCAAUUUUGUACCUUAGAAUGCAUUAAAGUCAUUAAGUCGAAGUUGAUAAACAUGUACUCAACAUGUUAAUUUACUCUAUAUGAUCACAUAUAGAUGGACUAAUGGUUACAGAUAUCAAGUUCAGAGGUCAUGUUAUUUAUUUCUAUAUUUAUAGGCAGAUAUAUAGUAGCGACAGUGUUGUAUUCAUCUAUUUUUUCCACAGUAAAAUUCAAAUGUGACAGUAAUGUGUAUUGUACAUCUGUUUGUGGUUUAUCCUUUACCUUACUAGCUGUGUGCUCUUCUUUCCUUCAUUUAAAAAAUAAUCCAUUUUGACAGUACCUUUCUUUUAUUUUAGUUCAUUUAGAAUGUACAGCUGUACUCUAUAUAUCUAUUUUUUAUGCAAACUGAAUAACACUUUAAUCCUAACAUGAACUUGUUGUGUUUUGUACAUUAACAUCAAUUCUACCUUAUCCAUGUAUGGAUUGAUUAACAUGUCUGAUAAUCUUUUUAAGAUUCAUUCUCAAGUUUUCCAAUAUAGGGAUGCUUCCUCACCUGAGCAUGUUUAUAUAGUCCUAAAUUUGUUACAUUUAGUUUACAUGCAGGUAGUGUAUAAUACAAUGUUUUCUGCCAUGUCAGGGAACCUUCAGAAAGCGAUAGUGAUAGAAGUAUGCUUGAAGAUAUAUCUCAUAUUUGAAAUCAGAUCUUGGAAGAUGAAGGGUCAGUUACUAUAUUUUCAUAUUGUUCCUAAAAAAAGGUUUUUGAUUACUGGGUUUGAAACUGUCACUCUGUGUUAUGAUCAAAUUAGAUUGCUUUUCAAAUUCUUUGCUACUUUUCAUUAUUUUGUGCAGCUAGAUAUUCAGCAAUAAUGCAUUGUAAUAUAACUUCUUUCCUUGCUACUUCCAUGCCUCCCAAUAUCUUUGAUUGUUAUCAGAUGAUUAGAUGUUAUACUAUGUUAUCAGAUAAUGUAUUUUUCCUUCACACUAUCAUCUUAUUUUUUCAGAAUCUAGAUAACAAAUUUUAUUUUAGAAAAAUAUUGAAAAUAGUACACCUAGAAAAUUUAGUCAACAUUCACUAUAAACCUAAAAGAACUGGAAAAUUAACAAAAUUUGAUGAUUAAAACUCCUAAAAUCUGAUUGCACGCCCCCUAUACAGGAACAUUUUAAAAAUUAAUUUCUUCAAAAAGAAUGACAGAAAUUUACAGGUUAUUAAUUUUGGAACAAUGUGUUUAUCUGCUGCUGAUUAAAUGGAAAAUAUGUAUUCAGAUACUGAAAGGCAUCAGUCUGGUGAUGAUCUAAUUGAUAAAGAAGAAGAAAAAAGAAACAAGUUUGUUGUUCCCCAUUUUCAACUUCAUCAUUUACGCUCGCAAUAUUAUUCAUCGUUUUUUUUUAAUUAAAAAAAUAUAUAUUUUCUUCCUUUUUCUUCCUUCCUUCCUUCCUUUUUCUCUACAUGUGCCCCUGCAGAGAUUCCUUUUCUUUAAACUUGUAAAACAUUUUUCUAGAUUGGGCUAUAUUACUUGUUUUUAUUUGUUGGUGUGUUUGUAAUUUAGUGUUUUAUUGAAUUCUCUAUUUCUCAGCUGAUGUGUCAUUCUUCUUCACCUUCUUCCUCUCCUCCAGAGAUACAUUUACAUUUUCCCUUUCCUUUGCUCCUUCAUUUGCACUCCUCCUAAUCUCCCUCCAUCAUCUCAUCUUUGCAACACUUUUCAGACACCAAAUUGAUCUCUUCUCCUUCUGUUAAUAUAGGAUUUGUCUCCCCUUUUCUCAUCAUCUCUCCUCAUCGUCUUGCAUUCAUCUGUCUGAUAGUGUAAAUUGGCUCAUUCUUCACCACUUUUCACACAGCUAUUUUCCCCCUUUCUCCAUUCUUUCUCCCCCCCCCCCCCCCCCCCCUUGGCCGUCAUUUUGAUUCCUUCUACCAAUCACCUUUCUUCAUCAUCUCCUCUUUAUCACUCUCGUGAGGGGCCAGAUAGCAUAAAUUGGUUCAUUCUUGCAUCGCCGCAACAGGCAUUAUUUGAUUAUGGACGUACUCUCAUUGGCUGGGAAAUACAGUUAGGAGGGCGUGUGGGAUUAAAUUGACUUGAAGCAGAAAAUGUCUGAGUGUCCGUAUGGGCAGAAUGUCCUCUAAACAGGAGUGGUGACAUAUUAUGUUAAAGGAGGUACAUAUGUUUUUUAAACAGAACCCAGUGACAAGGAAAAUAAGUUUCACAUUUAUCUGAAGCAAGUAACAGAUUUUGAUGAGGGCUAAUUUGAAAAAUCAUAUGCGACAUUAUAACCCCCCCCCCCCCCCUCCCUGCCUUCCCCUGAACAAGGACCUUGGCUUUACAUCCGAAAAUCUCAGAAAAUAAAACAUGCUAGAUAACACAGUAACAGUUAUAUAAUCCACCCACAUCUCGUCUCUUGAUUAUUUCUGUGAGAACAUCUUAGAAUAGAUUAUAAUUUUUUUUCCAGUAAGGGGGGGGGGGGGCAAACGGGAUUGUUUUUAAAAAAAAAAACUACCCUAAAGUGGUUGAUGUUUAGGAAUGCUGUCUAACAUGGUAACAUAAUUCUUUCUGUCUAACCCUAACCCUAAUUCUAUCUCCAUAUCUGUCUUUAUAUUGGGUAUCUUAAUGUCAUUGUCUUGAUAAACAUUCACUCUUAGCUACUUUGCAUUUUCCCUUCAUGGCUUUGAGCUUGUCUUUCAUUUAAAUUCUCAAAUGUUCUACCUUCUCUUGUAUGCUACGUUCAUGUCGUGUGAUUACAGCCUUGUUCAGACACAUGUUUUAAACACGUAUAAGAAACCAACUCAACAAAAAACAAACGACACCUUGCGUGUAACUGAAUGGUUAAAGAUAAUGUUGUGGGGGUCAAAAACAGCUGCAUGCACAACAGGCACAUAGCCAGAGUUUGAUAUUUGGGGGGGGGGGGCAGAUACAUGUAAUCGAUCAAGGUAAAAAAAAGUUCAACCGAUCUUGGAAAUUUUUGCCCCCGUGGCUACGUGCCUGAUGCACAAGCCUCUACGCACGUUGAGUGUUUUGUACUGUAGUAACUGAUAUAUGAUGUAAACUACAUAUCUUAUUAUUUUUGCAAUGGGGCAGUUUAUUGUCUUGUGUGUAAAUGGGGCAUGGAUUGAGGUAUGACAUGCUUUUAUGAAUAACUACCCUAAGUAGAAUGAACUUCAAUUACUGUUGUAACUAGAUGCAUGACUUGGUUAUUAUAAUUAUGCAUGGGAAGAUUUGUAUUAUGCUUUUACUUUCAUACACGAUUCAAGCAAUGCAAAAUUAUGUAUAUCGGAAACAAGAAUCCUUAUGUAAUAGAAAUAUGAAUAUAGAAUGUUAUUGUUAUGAUGUAUGAAGUUGUUCCAAGUGGUGUGUUGGAGUAAUCAAUCCUUUUUUUUUUUGCAUAUUAAUGUUCACUCGAACCAACUCACUUUGAAUUCCUAACUCAAAUACCUGCGGGUUUGUUUUUUUUCAAUAACAAAAAUAUUGCUUUUAUUCUUAAAAAGAAUAUGAUAAUGGUCAUUGUUUUUAUGUAUAGUAUUCUAUCAAAAUGUGACUAAAAAUGCCUGAUUUAUCAUCUCACAAACAAAAUGUAUGUAAGUUAUGCCAACAUAUAUGUUCUAUUAUUUUUUAUUGUAUUCAAAAUGAUGUGUAAUCAUGAAAAUCAUGGCUUUUUACCAUUUCUUUUUCCAUUCUUACAAAUGAUUUAAGUGACUUCUAUUUUGUAGAGUUAUAUUUUAUGAAAGAUUGCAUUACAUGUAUAUUUCAGGAACAGGCUAGACACUCUGCCUGUGAAAGUUUUAUCUACCCGUUCAAAGCAUUAAUUUGAAAGUGCAAAUGAAGAUUAUUUUGACAUUCCUAUUUGUUUUUGUAUGUUGCUACAAACUUGUAUAGUUAUAUUGCAUCAUUAAUUUUAUUUAUUGGAGUAGUUAUAUGGGUAAUUAUACGAAUGGCAGCAAAGGGCAUGCCUAAUGUAUGUGGUAGGCUAUAUGUAUGAUGAACGCUUCAAUUUUAUUGUUACUUGUGAAAUGUAACUAUAAAAGAGGAGUCUAGUUUUUGAAUAUUAAAAUGCACUUGGGCUAUUAAAGGGGGAUAAAUAAUGAAAA